CAGUGCAGCGUCAGGCCAGCUGGAACAAAGAGUCACAUCAUGAUGGGGAGAGUCUUGGAAUUUCCCAAAGAAAAGCACCCUCACGCGCUCCAGAGCAGUAAGGCCCACCCGGUUACGGAACAUGCACAGAAGCAGCUCAAGACAACCUUUCUGGGGGUUUGGAAGGCAGACAUGGCCAACGUGAAGAAGAGUCUCUGUCAUCCCGUCACCAAAAAAAGCCAUCGGCCCGGGAAGAAGCUACAAUCUUGCAUUGCAAAAGCCGACUCGCACCACGGUCCGAGGAACGUGAGCACAACCAACCACCACUGGUCGGAAUCACCGGGUGAGCAACACGAUGAAGACGACUAUUCCCUGUCUGAACCGCUCCACAGCACAUCUUUUCUGGGAAACCAUUCACCAAGGGCAAGCAGACCCGACGUUGACAGCUUCGCGAGUGACUGCCACCAACCGCGGAGUGACGGAGGUUACGUAUUAAGGAACAUCUAUCUCAGUACUCUUGACACCACAAAGCCUGUCGUCCUGAAACUUGCACCUCGCCUGUACCCCAACACGAAGAAUAGAAACUCUUCCUCCAGAACAGACUCGGAAUUCUCAGUACCAGAUUCUGAUGAAGACGACGACAUCAACAGCUCAGAUUCAAUAACCUGGCUUCCACAAAUCACAGAACUUGACUGUCCGUCCUCAGAAGAGGAUGCGCCUGUCUUGGAUGAACCGACUCAAACGGACAACUCUGAGAUCAUGUCAGUGGUUCAAGGCACCAACGCUGUGGCAUCCCACCACUGUGGAGCGAUCAGUUCAUCGGACAUCACCGGCGCGGAAAAUGAAAUUCAGCGAGUCACAUUGCAGUUGACAGAGAAAAGUCUGCAGCUGGACGCGCUGCAGCAGGAGAAGGGCAGCAUAGCCGCUCGCGCUGAGGAGCUGGAGGCCGCCGUCCGUGGCGAGGCGGCCCGCCACGAGGCCACCCAGGAGCGGCUGCUCCAGGCGCAGAGCGAGAGCUCGCUGCUCAGGCAGCAGCUGGAGGAAGCCAAAACCAAAUAUGUGGAGCACGCCGUCGCUGCCGCUCAGGAGAGUUUUAGCGACAUCCUGUCAAAGCUGCGAUCUGACAGUGAGGAGAAGGUCAAGAUGGUGGAGGUGAAGAACAAGGAACUGGCUGACAAAGCAGCAGAACUUCUCAAUCAGAUCACUAAAUUACAGGAGGAGAACAAAGAAGGACAGACCGCAGCCAAGCAGCUCCAGCAAGACCUCACCGACGCCCUGAGGAAGCUCUCGGCGAGCGAAGCCUCUCUGGAUGUCAACACACGUCAUCGGAAUGAUUUGGAGGCCGAAAAGUCACGACUGCUCAAAGAAACUGACCGACUCAAAGGACAGCUGGUGGAGAGCGAAUCCCAGCGUGUGCAGGCUCAGAGGUGGAUCACCAGUCUCAAGUGCACUCUGGAUGAAAAAGACAGCCAGUUCAGCAUCGCCAACCAGAAACACCAGGAGUCUCUGGCGGCGCUGGACAUCAGCUGUAGCCAGCUGCGACUCUACAUAGACGAGCUUGAGAAGGAUAAAACUGAACUGAGCAACCAGGUAGAAAUUCAAAUGAAGUUAAAGGAGGAAGCGACGAGUCAGAGGGAGAAGCUCCAGACCAGUCUGCUUCAAGAGCGAGAGAAAAAUGCUGAACUCAGGGAGAAAAUACAAAGGGUCCAGUCAAAGUGGAAGAGUGAAAAGUCCAAACAACUUGAGACAGAAGCAGAACCAACAUGCAGCCUCAAGAUGGAACCGGGUCGGCACACACCAGUGGACGAUGCCAUUGAACGACUCAAAGAAAAGGUGGACACUCUCCAGAUGCAGCUGGAAAUGGAGUCGUCUCACAGCAGGGAGCUGGAGAAGGUGAACAGGAAGCUCAAGUAUCAGCUGGCCCAGCAGAAGAGAGCUCGAGGUAGCAGUGAGCAUUUCGAACAGCUGGAGAGAGACGUGUUGGAUCUGAAAAGUAGAGUGGAGACCACGAAGCUGGUGGUAGAGCAGUACCAACGUGACCGGGACAAGUUGAUCCGGCAGGAAGUGCAGCAGAAGCUGGACCAGGUCAACAUCUUCCUGCAGUCGCAGGCAGAUUGCCAAGAUGCUCUGGACCAGGUGAGGGCGGCGCACGAGGCCAACCUACGGUACCAACUGGAGCAGAAGAUCCAGGAGUUGGAGUGUGAGCUGGGCCACACGCGAUCUAAAGUCCGGCAUGAACGGCCCUUGAAUAACGGCACCUUGGAGCAAGUAGACUUUGAGGGUUCUUGCCGGAUGUGGCCGCCGUGGUCGCAGCAAACUGCCUUGGAACCCCGCACAGGCCCCACCACAACAGGAGAGUGAGACACAGACGUCUGAACAACUGAGCGUAUUCAGUGGAAUGUAAAUCCAUUUCCUCUAUGUCCUUUGACAUGUUUACUCUUGAGAACCACUUCCACUUUACCAGAGAUGUUCAUCAGUUUGUCAUCGCUCAAAAAAGGGUGUGGUUCCUCUGGGUGUUUCUGAGGACUGGACUUGGACUUGUGCUUGUUCUGUUCAGAUCUUUUAUGGGGAGAACUUGUAGAUGGUGCAAGAGAGGUUUAGAGACAACAGGAGGAAGCCCCCUGUGGCUAUCAUCAAAACCUCCUCAGCUCCUUCAAGUCAAAGAUGGAAUGACGUGUAUCUUGGGACCUUGUUCGCGAGUGAGGCAGACAUGACGCUGUAGCUCCAGGUGUGUCCUUGCUCUCACCUGUGGUCAUGAGAUCUGAGUAGUGCCUGGGAGACAAACUGGCUGCAGAGACGGGGUGAGAAUCCAGGAGAGGCUCUGAGUUGGACCUCGACUUCUCAAGCUGGGGAGAUGUCUCAACAAGUUUCCCAAGUCAAGAGUUAUGUAAAACUAGGAGGAGUCCCUGAGGCAGACGCAGGGCAUGCUGGGAGGAUGGUGUCACUCAGUGGACGGUGCAACACCCCCUGUGUUACACCCAGAAACGCUGGAGGUUUCACACUGAGUCUGGACUUCUCAAAGGCGACUGCUGCCCCCUGUAUGUUUGCAUAGUCAAAUGGGGCGUGGCUAGUAGACUUCAUGUAUCUUACUGUACUUAAUGUAUAGCACGGCUUAUGAACAAUGAUGGGGUGCAGAAAUGGAAGAAGAGCAAUAAAAUAAAUGACCACAUG